AACAACUGACGUGUACUUAAGUCAAGUAAUGAACAGUCUCGCUUUAAAUCCUAUCAUUAAUACGCAAUAGCUCGCUUAUCUUCCGUGUUUCAACGCACGCGGACCGAAGUCACUUCUAAUGACAAUUCAACACAUGUAAAAGGUGUUUCAAAAGGGGGAUAAAGUUCACUCUGCAGAUGACACAAGGAGUCUGUGUAUGGCGUGGCCGGUCCAGUUCCUCUGCAGGACGCUCCGGACUGUGGGACUGGUCCUCCUCUACUAUGUCUUCUCUAUAGGCAUCACCUUCUAUAACAAAUGGCUAAUGAAGCAGGGCUUCCACUAUCCACUUUUCAUGACGUUAGUCCACCUGGCUCUCACCUUCUGCCUGUCAGCGCUGACCCGGCGGGCCAUGCAGUGCUGGACAGGGAAGACUCGUGUUAUUCUGAGCUGGACUGAUUACCUCCACAAAGUGGCGCCCACAGCCUUGGCAACAACACUAGACAUUGGACUCUCCAACUGGAGCUUCCUCUUCAUCACCAUUAGCUUGUACACCAUGACCAAGUCUUCUGCAGUGCUCUUUAUUCUCUUUUUCUCUCUGGUUUUAAAACUGGAGGAGCCGAACCCAUUCCUAAUUGUGGUGGUCCUGCUCAUUGCCAGCGGCUUGUUCAUGUUUACCUUCCAAUCGACCCAGUUCAACCUGGAGGGCUUCCUCAUGGUGCUGCUGGCGUCAUUCAUUGGGGGGAUCCGCUGGACCCUCACUCAAGUGCUCAUGCAGAAAGCGGAGCUGGGCCUCCAGAACCCAGUGGAUGCCAUGUACCACCUCCAGCCUCUCAUGUUUCUUGGCCUCUUUCCUCUCUUCAUGUAUAAUGAAGAAUUGAGCCUCAGCACCUCUGACAAGUUAUUCCGGGUGACAGAGCUGUCACCGCUCUUGUACUGCGUCUUCUUACUAAGCAUUGGAGGGAUCCUGGCUUUUGGUCUCGGCUUUUCGGAGUUCCUGCUCGUCUCCAGAACUUCCAGCCUCACCUUAUCCAUAUCGGGGAUCUUUAAGGAGAUAUGCACUCUGGUUUUGGCAACAUCGCUGAUGGGAGACAAAAUGAGCAUCCUCAACUGGCUGGGCUUCGCUGUGUGUCUGUGUGGCAUUGCGUUGCAUGUGGGACUCAAAGUCUAUUAUUCCAAACACAAGAGCCCAUCCUUACGGCAGCUGAACAGUAAAAGCCCAGAGCUUGAGUUGCCCUUGCUCCGACCUAAUGAUGAUGAAGACUCUGCCGCUGAAAAUGAGGAAGAAGAAAUCACCCUACACUGACAGACAAUAUCAUAAAAUAUUUGAACUCUGAUGUCAACCAAUUUACUUCAUGCUUCCUAACACUGUUCAGUGUGAAAGGUAGCCGCCAUGGCGGUCCUUUUAAUCUAUAAUCAUAUCGUUAAAUUCAUCUUCAUUACGGCAUAUUUAAUGAAUUGACCCUCAAUAGGUCACAAUUUAUUAUUAUCUGCCUCAGGGGGCUUAAAUGUGUAGCGUUUGUAUUACAGUGUCCACAAUAUAUUGUUAAAAUUGGUUGUUGAAGCUUUAAUGUGAUGCUGUAAUUGAAUUGAAGAAAAUUCUUUACGAUGCCAAAGUGAGAGAUGGAAUAUUAGGUGGUGACUUUGUAAUUGCUGUCCUAUCAAUUUUUUUGUAUCCCACUAAAGUUGUCCACCAACUUCAUAAUACGGUACAGUACUUAAAUUCCCCUUAUGUUGAUUUAUUUAUUUAAAUGUUUUAAUUAUCAUUUUUAAUUUUAUUGAUUAUUUUUUUUUUUUUUAAAUGUGUAGUGGAACCUCAAAGAUCGAAACUCAAAACUGCACAUGUCGGUACGUCUAUAAAUGGAGGACCCCCUGUAUACUGCCUGUCUGUGCAUCCAGAACAGAUAUGUGUGUACCUUUUAUAGCUAAACUGACAGCGAGGUUCCAAUAGGUUUCGUGACUCUUAUGUAUCACCAGUACUCAUCUUUGCUAGCAGCACAAAAAAAAGUCAAAAGAAAAAUCAAAACGCAUGUUCAUCCUUUCAAUGCUCACAGGCUCUCGCAAGUAUAGGUCGGUCUCAUGCGACGUCAUGCGGGGCGGUGGUUGGAACGCUGGGUUUUUUUGUGCAACGUUUCGAAAAUGUUGGGUUGAAUUCCAAAUCAUAGUGUCCGGAGCAUUUGAGUUUAGAGGUUCCACAAAACCUCAUCCUCCAUUUUAGUCCUUUUCGACGCACCAGACAUCUGCAUUGUCUGUUAUGAGAAAGUUAAGUAAGCAGUAUGGGUCAACCACCAAUGGGCAUUGAAUUCUGACACUUAAUUUGAGCCUUAGAAUCCACAUUAGUGUGGAAUAAGUUUAACAGGUCUUUGACCUGGGCUUAAGUCACAUCUUUUUUUAAAUGGUGCUCUGUCAUGUGGUCCUGUGUGCAUUAAAACUGCAACUUUCAAUGAUUUUUGCUAAUUCACUGUAAUCUUGCAGAAAAUGCAAAUUAUCAGAUUAUACUGUUAUUACAGGUAAAGACUCCUCUUUAAUGUGCCUUAUUUACCUCAGUUUUCAAUUGGACUCGAAUAGACAAUCAAGUCUUUGAAAUACAUGGAAACAUAAAUUAUUAUUAAACUAUUUUUUUGUGGCACCAUGAGGAUUGUGUUUCUUUCUCUGUUGCU